GCUGUAAGGAUGACAACAUUUUAUUUUCGAUUUCAUCGAGUUUUAGCAGUUUUCGAUUUGGACUGAAUUCUUUACUUCCGUCAACGAUGUUUUCAUUUGAUGGACAAUACAAAAGCCGAAGGGUUGUCUCACUGGGAGGUGCAAGUAAAAAGGAAGAAAGGAAAUCCUUGAUUCAAAGGACUCAAGCAGAGCGGCAGAAAAGAGAGGAGUUACGGCGAAAAAGUGCAAGUGCCCUUAAAAUUCAGGCAUUCCUCCGUGGAGAGUGGACAAGACAUCAGCAGUAUGAGCUCCAGAGGAUGGACUUUGAUGAAGCUGUUAGCUCAAUACAAGGGUCAAAAGAUAUUCCAACAGUGUCUGCUGUUAGAAUUCUUUUAAGAAAGCUUCUUUUCUUUUAUUCCAACUCCAAAGAUGCUCAGAGAUUGAUAUGGAUGUGUCAGUAUCUACUAAAGAAUCGUAGCAGUAUUGUGAAUCAGUUACAAACAGAUGAUCGUCACAGCUGGCUUCAUCAGAUCAAACACCUUCUCUUGAUAUGUAGCAGGUCACUGGAAGCAUCACUGAAAGAUUCUAAACCUGUUGCCAUUCAAUUGCGGAUGCUAGAGGUGUUUACUUCCCAUGAUUCAUAUCACAACCCGGCUGAUCCUGCUGGUAAUAGAAAAGAUGCAGCAAUGGUGACAAUUUACCUUGUCAGAAAUGGAUAUUUCAGAUAUCUGCGUUCUUUGCUCAUGGCCAGAGUUCCAUCCAGUCUGGAACCUUCCGUUGCGCCUCCUACUCCAAUGGCUGCGGCAAUCAAAGAUUUGAUAAUGAGUCCACUUCACUUUAGCUGUCAGCCCAAUAGUGAAGAAGAAGCAGUGUUUACUGCAAAUAAUAGGUAUAUUGUUCAACAUGAGGUGCUUUCAGCUCUCAUCUCUGACAUCCUUUGUCCAGAGAUGACAGAACAGAUCACUUGCUUCCUUUUACCGUCAAUAGCUGACAGAUCUGCAAAGUUCCCUUUUGUCCACUUGUUAGAGGCCCUCCUGAUGUUAUUAUCAAAACCAGAUGAUUCAGGGGGGAGUAACAAGGGAGUGACCCCCACCCCCUGGUUACUGUAUGGAGUACUGGCAUUUGUUGACCAACACUUAGGCUCAUCAUCAGAUCUUUCUGUAGUUAAAUGUUACAUUCAAGUAUUACAAAUCCUGCUAGUACAGCUGCCUCACCCAGUUACUUUAGAUUCUGAUGAUGAUGACAGUGAUUCAGAAAUGGAAAUAGAUCCCCAGCAGUCUUCUCUGGAAAAUUUGAGGGAAAAGUGUUUGGAUAUCUUAGACUCUAAAGAACAUGUCAAGACUCUGGAGUCUCUUGUAACAAGGGACAAAAAAGUGGCACAUGAAAAAGAAAUUAUCACAGCACUUUGUAAUAUUUGUCAUUUUCUGAUGUCCGAGAGUAGAUUGCCCAUACACAAGACAAGGCUUCUUUACACUUUGGCAUUAAGUCCAGUGUUUGUCAGAGAACUUUGGAGCAAUAUACAGUCAGCCACAGUGUUUACCAGUACUGGGAAAGAAAUACCCUUGUUAGAUCUUAUAUCCCGUGGAACAAAUCUUUCAACACAAGAAGCCAGUGUUAUAACUCCUUUGCUGUCUUUGUUCUCGUCUCUGCUGAGCAACACAUUGUUUUCUGUUCAUGACAAUGAGUUUUAUGGAGUUGAAGGUCAGCAGAGUUCAUUUAUGCCAUUCUCUCUCAAAGAAAUCGAGCAGAUGUCUUCAAUCCUCUGUAAUGUGGUGAUAGGAAUAAUCGAGAUAGUUUACCCGGAGGCUAGUCCGACCUUUACUGGGCAAUAUCUUGCGGCUAUGAAGAGCGUUGGAGCUAAAUCUGCCCUUUUGAAAAAGGACGAUUUUCAUCCCAAAGAAAAAUGGAUCAAACUUUUAAAGGACGUAACCAGUCUUGUUCGUCAACUCCAUUCACGAGACUCAAGGAGACAGUUCUGUCCUGAAGGACACUGGCUUUCACAUAAAGUCAUCAUAGAUCCUGCUCAGAUGAGAAUCGACGGAUUUCUCAGUGAAGAGGGUACGGUGGAAGGCGUUUUGGAGCCAGGAAUGUCAUCCACAACAGCCAGGAGUAUGACCAUCNGAUUGCUCCAGAGAAUUAUAGCUAAGAACCGAACGGAUUCACAAGGUGAACUGCAUAACUUCAUGAUGGGGCCAGCCAUUGAUGUAACAGUAAACAGAAACUACAUUUAUCAAGAUGCGUUUGAUCAACUGACUGAGGACAAAGCCCCAAACUUGAGACAGAAACUUCGAGUGCGCAUGAUUAACGCUCAAGGAUUGGAAGAAGCAGGUGUGGACGGCGGCGGAAUUUUUAGGGAAUUUUUAAGCCAGUUGCUGAAAGCUGGAUUUGAUCCUAACAUUGGUUUCUUCAAGUCAACUCAUGAAAGACUGCUUUACCCAAACCCACAGGCGGCUAUUUUAGCAAAAGAUUAUCUGAAACACUACCAUUUCCUGGGAAGAAUGUUAGGAAAGGCUUUAUACGAGAACAUGUUAGUGGAGUUACCGUUUGCCAGCUUUUUUCUCUGUAAACUUCUCAGUAAACAUGGUACAGAUGUGGACAUACAUCACCUGGAGUCUCUUGAUCCAGAAAUGUAUAGAAACUUGUUGUUUCUCAAGAAUUACAGCGGGAAUGUCGAAGACCUGUCGCUGAACUUUACAGUGGUAAACAACGAUCUUGGGGAAAGCCAGGUUGUGGAGUUGAAACCAGGUGGUCGAGAUAUCCCGGUUACCAACAGCAACCGUAUCAGUUAUAUUCACCUUGUGGCUGAUUACAGACUCAACAAACAAAUCCACCGUCACUGCCAGGCAUUCAGGGCGGGGCUCUCAGAUGUGAUCAACUUGGAGUGGCUCAGGAUGUUUGAUCACAAUGAGUUACAGGUUCUCAUAUCGGGUGCUUUGAUUCCAGUGGAUCUGGAAGAUCUAAGAAGAAACACGAAUUAUUCAGGCGGCUUCACUGAAGACCAUCCUUGCAUUGAAUCGCUCUGGCGAGUAGUUAGUCAAUUUACCGACACACAGAAACGUCAACUGUUGAAGUUUGUUACGAGCUGCUCGCGUCCGCCACUUCUUGGUUUUAAGGAACUCCAACCACCAUUUUGCGUCCACAGCGCGGGGCCUGAGGAUAGGCUCCCGUCGGCCAGUACAUGUAUGAACUUGUUAAAAUUGCCAGAAUACCUGGAUGAUGAGAUCAUGAGAGAGAAACUAUUAUACGCUGUGGAGUCUGGCGCUGGGUUUGAACUGAGCUGAGUCGGAACUGCACCAUUCACUUGGCUAAACUGAGAAAACACCACAGACAGUUAAGAGAAAUUGUCGCCUGAUUUGACGAAUCUCACGUUAAGUGGCAGUAAUGUUGUCAUGCGCAAACGAUACUGCUCAGUGUGACAGUUAACGGUGGCGGGAACGUUUUUUUUGGAUGAACCUGUGAACAGGCUUCUCGGUGGAAAAGCGCGGUCUAAGCUAGCCGUGAGAAACUUGAUGCUAGAGGCCAUCUCAACCUUAGAGCCAGCAUGCAGUUAAGCUUGAGUUCAACCAGAUACCGAUUCAAUGCGAUCUGCAAUCCGAAUUUUUACUCAGAGGUGUCUUAGAAGGAAAAAAAGAUCAAAAGUUUCUUAAUAUAUGCCUUCUAGGAGAUAGACGUUUCUGUAAAAAGGGAGCUAACAAGUUCCAACAAAUCAAACUAGAAAACAAUACAAGGUUGAUAAGUAGAUGAAAUGGCCGUUCUAAAAACGCGUAGGAAUAAAAGCCUCUGAUACUCAGGGUAGAUGAAUACAAACCAUUUGGAUGUA